AUCGUCGGUGUGUCCGCGGUGCUUUUUGGCCGACAAAAGGAGCCGUGUUAGCGGAGGAGGGACGAUGCGGUGGCUCCCCCCCUCCUCCUCCUCUUCCCUGGACGGCUGAAUGAACCCACUUCGCUCAGGCCUUUCUCGAGGCUGGGUGGGAAAAUGAAACGAAACGCGCGUGUUGUCGGGAUUCACGUCGAUCAGUCGACGCGGGAUCGGUUUGGUGCAUGAUCGCUUGGCCUGAGAGCCAGAAUGGACCCGCGCGUCCAGAGCCUUGUAGUUGUCUUCUAGAUCAAUGCCGGUGUUUUCUGCCGUGAUCGGUUUGCUGAAAGCCUCGUGAGGGUCACUGUGUGUCUCCCACCAGCUCGUGAAGGGAGCCUUGAUGUGGGCAGUAUGAGUAAGACGCCCCCUAACAGAAGAGGGAUAACAUUUGAGGUGGGAGCUCAGCUUGAGGCCAGAGACAGCCUCAAAAACUGGUAUGCUGCCAACAUAGAGAAGAUUGACUACGAAGAUGAAAAGGUGUUAAUCCAUUACCGCCAGUGGAGCCACCGCUACGAUGAAUGGUUCGACUGGACCAGUCCCUACCUGAGACCGGUGGAGAGGGUCCAGCUGAGGCGGCAGGGCCUGCAUGAAGACAGCUCUCCGCCUGGCUUUCACGUAAACGACAAGGUUCUGGCCAGCUGGUCCGACUGCCGUUUCUACCCAGCCAAGGUCAUUUCAGUCAACAAAGAUGCAUCCUACACUGUGAAGUUCUAUGACGGAGUCAUCCAGACAGUGAAGGGGAUGCAUGUAAAGCCUUAUAUUAAAGAGAGAGGUGGCGCUGGGGGCAAAUCUCGGUCCUCAGACAGGAUUACGGCGAGGAGGGCCCCAAGCCGCAGAGACCGAAGACCUCAGGAGAACGGCUGUCCCAAGAACAAGCGAGCCCGGCGCAGCACUUCAGACCAGGAGGAGGACAGCAACAGCGACGAUGAAGAGCAGGAGGAAGGGCCGUUAAACGGUAAAGAUCAGAAAGUGAACGGCGUGGCAGAGGCGGAACAUACCGCCACCGAUCGGGAGAAAGACUCCUCCGAUCACACCGAGCAGAGCAGCCCUAUGGACGCUGAGAAGGAAACGGGACUCGCCAACGGAGUGAAGGUUGAGACGGACGAGGCGACGGAGGGAGCGCGUCACGUCAACGGAGAGGUGAAGAGGGAAGAGGAGGAGUCGGAGCAGGUCGUAACAAAGCCAUACACGGAGUCGUCCAAGCCAUACGCAGAUAUGCAGAGCGAGUCGUCGGCGCCAACAGAGCAGGACUCUGUCACUACGACAACCGCAGAAUCCAGCGGGGACGUGGAGCAGAAGCCGGCCGUCCAAUCAGAGAGCGCGCCGCCUGCAGCAGACGCGCCGCCUCCUCAGCCCGUGAAACCGGUACGGAAGCAGGGCUUCCACAACCCCAACAGAUUCAGCAGGGAGCCGUUGUACCGAGUCAUUAAAAACCAGCCGCCUCCCGUUCUGUCCAUCAACCUCGACCACAAUCCCUUCAAGUGCAGCGCUCCAGGCUGCACAAAGUCAUUCCGUAAAGCUAAGCUGCUGCAUUACCACAUGAAAUAUUACCACGGCGAGGAGCCGCCUCCGGAGGGGCAGCACAGCCCCACCAGGAGCGUCCAGACCAGGGCGUCUGACAAGCAGCCCGCCGCCACCGCAGCUGCUUUGGAGAGCUCAAAGAGACGCCGCACCAUCUCUGCCUCUAUGCACUCAGUUGGAGCUGCUGCUGCUUCGCGCGCUGAUAUUAAGACCACAGGCAGGCGCACAUCAGCCCCUCCUGCAGUCUGCGCCCAGAGCCACCAGCAGAGGGCGCUGCUGAGGGACAAGAGUAAGGAGAACCAGCUGGACAGGAACCUUUGCCAGCUGCAGGACAAGGACACCGACAAGAUUUGCUUUGACAUUGGGUCUAUAAAAGAGAAACCCAAACAGAAGGACUUCCUCCGCAUUAAACUAAAGAAGAAGAAGAAGAAAAAGAAGGCCAAGUCUGAACACACAGGUAGUGAGGAGAAUAUUGACAUCUCAGUAUUGGGUCUUCACUCCAAAUUGAAUUUGCCACUCAAAUCCCCCCUCUCACACAAUCACAAGCCUGAGGCCUUCCCCAGCAGGCCUGGACACAGCUACACAGAGCAGAUACUUGUGGAUGAUGAAGACAGCAUCAGCGACUGGUCCACUGACAGCUGUGGGUGGAGCGACGACGACUUCGACAUGGAUCUGGACGUCACCACUCCUCCUCUUAGUGUCGACUCUGGCGCUCUGGACUCCAAUGACCAGGAGAUCGUGCGAUGCAUCUGUGAGGUGGAGGAGGAGAAUGACUUCAUGAUCCAGUGUGAAGAUUGUCUGUGCUGGCAGCACGGCACCUGCAUGGGUCUGCUGGAGGACAACGUUCCAGACAGAUACACCUGCUACAUCUGCAGAGACCCACCAGGUCAGAGGCAGAGUCUGCGUUAUUGGUACGAUCGUGAGUGGCUGGCCAACGGUCACAUGUACGGCCUCUCCUUCCUGGAGGAGAACUACUCCCACCAGAACGCCAAAAAGAUCACCACCACCCACCAGCUGCUGGGAGACGUGCACCACGUGGUGGAGGUGCUCAACGGGCUGCAGCUCAAGAUGAGCGUCCUGCAAAGCAGCACUCACCCCGACCUCAGGCUAUGGCAGCAGCCCUGGAAGCAUCUGGACCGGCAGCGCUUCGGCUCAGACUCGUGCCGGAGCAGCAACGCGGCUCCGUCCCCCCUGACGCCCGACGAGGACAUGAGCCGGGGAGAGAUCCUGAUGACCAACGCGCUGGAGAAGCUGAGUCGGGCCGCCACCGCCGCCGCCGCCUCCUCGUCUUCAAGCUCCUGCUCCCCCUUCCCGUCGUUCCAGGACUCGUACAUCACCAGCGAGCACUGCUACCAGAAGCCGCGGGCGUACUACCCGGCCGUGGAGCAGCGGCUGGUGGUGGAGACCAGGCAGGGUUCAGAGCUGGAGGACAGCAUGAGGAGCACCGAGGAGCUGCUGGAGCGGGAGCAGCGCUUUGGAAGCCUGCUGGAUGUGGACAAACCCAAGUCUACAGGCAGCAGCAACAAGGCCUUGACGGGCGUGUCAUGGACGCACCCUGAGGACCAGGAAGACGACGGCAGAGAGCUUGUAGAUAACGGGCAGUACCAGCAGUGGCAGGUUAACCUGCUGGAUCACAUCGAUGCUGUCCAGGACGAAGUCUCACACAGGAUGGACUUCAUAGAGCGAGAGCUGGACGUGUUGGAGAGCUGGCUGGACUACACCGGGGAGCUGGAGCCUCCUGAACCUCUGGCACGCCUCCCUCAGCUUAAACACCGCAUGAAACGGCUGCUGACUCAGCUGGGCAAGGUGCAGCAGAUCGCUCUGUUCAGCUCCACAUGAGGGCGCCACAGAUCGGCUGAGGGUUGGGGGGGGGGGCGCCACGCCGCCCGCUCCGGCAGAGCGGCGGACGAGGCUCUGCGGGAGGAAACGUCAGCGCCAGCUCCGAUCCGACCUCGUUCAGCUUCUCCCGUGUGAGGGUGAAAUCCAGCGCUGCAGCCAGCCUGAGUCACACGAGUAUCGACACGAGCCGAACGGAAACCCAGCAUCCUACGUCGGCAUAAAAACCACAAAGAGCAGCCUCGUAAAAACGCAGAAGGAAACCCGUAGGACCAGAUCACACUUAAUGUGGCUCCCAUGCAACUCUAAACCCUGUGAAUGCCUUUUGUCUGAACCACCACGUAAGGUUGGCCCGUCUCUCUCGGCGCACCGUGCUUUAAACACAGCUUUAGGUCCAGAUUGCAGUACCAGAACCAACACUCUUUGCAAUAGUGUUUUGAAGACACUUCUUCUUGUUUUUGCUUUAACUUGGUCUCAAACUUCAUUUUUAUUCAUCUGUCCUGCCAUUUUCAGUCAGAAGGUCAGUUUGUGCGGACGGUUGUUCGAAGCCGUCCGCCGUUACUUUUGAAAGAGGUCUGUGGAAAAGAUGGGUUUGCUUUUACACUGUGAAGUAAUUCUGUUGUCUCUCAUGAACGGUAGGUUGUGCUGAAAUGCUUCUGUCUCCAUUAUGUGCUCAUCCAUGUCAGUUACUUUAUCCCUUUUUACUUCUGUAAUUGUGUCACUGUAGCAUUUUGAAGUAUUAUUCACUGGGAACGUGUAAUGUGGAUUCCUCUAAACAUAGCAUCUUGUGUAAGUGUAAUAUAUUACCUAGAACAUGUGUACAUUUUUUUUUAUCUUAUUCUGUUUCAUCUGUUUUUUUUUUUUCCUUGGAUUCUGUUUUGUUUUAGGCUGUCAUUCAAAACAUGUUCUGAAUAAAGAUACAGAUAUUGUAUGCUAUUGUACUGUAACAGUGUCUUAGAAGCAGGGAAAAUGUUAAAGACAGUGCAAACGGCUCUCCUGGAACAUAAAUAAACUAUGAUUGUUAUUAAUCUCUAUGCA